AUGUCUGUGUUUUCAUACAAUAUCAUGAUUUUUCGUUUACUAGGAAUGUGGUAUCCUGAAGAUAACAAUUCCGCAUGGAAAAAAAUAUUCUACAUAUUUUAUACAACUUUGAUUGUAUCAAUAUAUUACACAAACGCAAUUUCACAAAUUAUUAUUUUGUUUGGUUCACUAGAUGAUGCAAAGGAGUUUUCAGGUGCAUCAUUUAUAACAAUAACGAGAAUUCUUGUUUGUUAUAAAAUGUAUAAUAUAUUAUCAAAAAGAAAAUAUAUAAUUCAUAUCAUAAACACAUUGGAGACUGGGUCAUUCAAAGCACGAGAUUCAGUUGAAUUAUCAAUUCAAACUAAAUUUUCUCGGAAAAUUAAGUUAUUAAUAAUUACAUAUGGAGCAUUAUGUGCAACUACACUUACUGCACUUCUUUACGUGUCAAUUUUGGUAGAUAUUCCUCAACGUAAAUUAGCAUUUGAAGCCUGGUUGCCUGUCAACACUUCGAUACCAAUAUUUUAUUGGAUUGUUUUUAUAUAUCAACAUUUUAGUGGUUAUUGUGGAACUUCAAUAAGUGUUUCAUUUGACACAGUACUAGUCGGUUCAAUGAUUUUACUUUGUGCACAACUAAACAUUUUAAAAUAUCGUCUUCGUCAUGGCCAUAAUAAUAAUGAAAUUGAAAAUAAAUCUGAAAAAAAAUAUCUAAUUGAUUGUAUUGAGCAUCAUAAGGCUAUUUAUGAAUUGGCUGAAUUGUCAAAUGAAGCUUUUUCAAAUGCAAUAUUUUUGCAAUAUUUUGCAAGCUUAAUAGUAUUGUGUGUAAGUUCUUUCCAAUUAUCACAAGAAAAACCAUUUACUAAAAAAUUUAAUGAUUUGAUACUGUAUUUAAUUUGCCAAUUGUUACAAGUAUUUAUGUUUUGCUAUUGGGCAACUCAAGUACAAGUCGAGAGCGAAAAUAUCAUCACUGGAGUCUAUGAUUGUGAGUGGUUAUCACUUUCUAUUACUACAAAAAAAAAUUUGAUAUUAACUAUGGUACGAGCUCUCAAACCUAUACAAUAUUCAAGUGGAUAUGUUGUUAAUUUGUCUUUAACUGAAUUUACCAAUCUGUUAAGAAUGUCUUAUUCAAUUUAUAGUAUCCUGCAGCAAUCAAAUUCAAGAACUCGAUAG